AUAGUAUGAAAAAUUGCGCCGGCAGGAAACUUGAAAUUUGUGAGAGAACAGUUGACGACGCAAAAAAUAAACAGACGGACCACACUACUUCAUUCAAUAGCAGACGCUCCUGCUGUGCUUAGAUUUAUCUAUUGUGUCUUAUUCGUCGCAAAUUGGACAUUUUUUGUUAAUGUUGCAACACAUUGACAAAUCUAUCCCUAUCUCCUUGAUCUCACGAGCUUUUUCUUGUAUUCGGUUCCACCGUUCUGUUCUUUGUCGAUUUGUUGGUUGUUAAACUUCAUGUUGAUGUUUUGACAACGUUUGUCUUCAUGGGCCUCUUUGACAAGCUUGUGACCCUUUUUGGUUUACGCAAACAAGAAGUAAAAGUUUUAGUGGUUGGAUUGAAUAACAGUGGAAAAACCACUGUUCUGAACCACUUCAAAUCUGAAGAUGACAAGUCUACAGAAAUUGUGCCGACAGUUGGCUUCAACAUCGAAAAGUUUAAAAACCAGAACGUGGGCUUCACGGCGCUCGACAUGUCGGGGCAGGGGCGGUACCGCGACCUCUGGGAGUUCUACUACAAGGACUGCCAGGGCAUCAUCUUCGUGGUGGACUCGAGCGACCGCCUGAGGCUGGCGGUGGUGCGGCACGAGCUGGACCUGCUGCUGCAGCACCCGGACGUGUCCAGCCGCGCCCUGCCCAUCCUCUUCCUGGCCAACAAGAUGGACCAGCGCGACGCGCUGUCCUCCGUCAAGAUCGCGUCCGGCCUGGGCCUCGACCGCAUCCUGGACAAGCCGUGGCACAUCUGCGCGUCCAACGCCAUCACGGGCGAGGGUCUGGAGGAGGGCGUCACCUGGUUCACGCAGCAGGUCCGCCAGGUGGGGCAGCCCGGCAACCGGCCCAACCGCACGGGCCCGCUGGCCUCGGGGAAGAACAACUAGGGCCCCUCAUGGGUUGGCCUACCCCAGAGGCAUGUUUUUCGAUACAAUUUUGACCUGAUCAUGACAUAUUCCAGUAUCGUUUGUGGUUUAAUUUUUUCUCAUUCAUGUAGCGCAAUUUUUUAUUUUCGCACUGCACUGACUGUUUUUGUUGAAUUUCACAUAACACCAUGACGCACAAAUUUGUUUAUUUUCCGAUUUUAAAGUAGAUACUUUUUUUUAACGGAGUCAGGGGAAAAUACGCUAGUCAGUAUACGGUUUAUUUUCUAUUUUUAAUGUGAUGUGUAGCCUAGUCAUUUACUCAUUUACCUGAGAUGUGAAUUUUUAAAAGAAGUCUGCCAGGAAUCCGUCCAUGAGAUUUACUGAUAUACGACUAUUUGAAUUGGUUCGAUGUUUACAUACUGUAUUACGAUGUGUGGUCAUAUUCUCCUCAAAUGUAGUAAAACCCGUUAAUUAAUUUUUUGGGGGAUUUAGGGGGAAUUCAUGAACUGAAUAUUAACAUUCCAAAGUCUGCUGUAGGCCGUCCAUGGCACAUAUAAAUGCCAGUUUAGUAAAAACAAGUAUUUGUAUUAUAAGUGUGUGAAAUAAGUGAUAUUGUAUCGUCCGCUAUGUUUGCAAUUGUAUGAAGUGAUAAGAUUGACAUUUAUUAAAAUCGACAUUAUUUCACUGAA